CUUCCUUCGCCGUAGACAUGAUCACUGCUCGUCUCCUGCUCUCGCUGAUGAUGCCAGUGCUGCUGGACGCAGCUGCUCCGCCACGACGGCCGAAUGUGGUGAUGGUGAUCUUUGAUGAUCUGCGUCCAGUUAUUGGAGCUUAUGGCGAUACGCUGGCCAGCACGCCGUAUUUGGAUAACUUUGCUAGAGGAAGUCACAUCUUUACAAGAGUUUACAGCCAGCAAUCCCUGUGUGCACCCAGCCGGAAUUCGCUGCUCACGGGUCGAAGACCGGAUACUCUGCAUCUGUACGAUUUCUACAGUUACUGGCGCACUUUCACCGGAAAUUUCACCACUUUGCCGCAGUACUUCAAGGAGCACGGAUAUUACACCUAUAGCUGUGGAAAGGUCUUCCAUCCUGGCCUCUCAUCCAACAACACGGAUGACUAUCCCCUUAGUUGGUCGGCUCCAGCAUUUCGUCCCCGAACCGAGCAGUUUAUGAACUCGCCAGUGUGUCCCGAUAAGGAGGGCAUUCUGCGGAAGAAUCUCAUCUGUCCAGUGGAGCUACAAACUCAGCCGUACAAAACGCUGCCGGACAUCGAGUCCGUGGCGGAGGCAUUGCGCUUUGUGGGCUCACGGAGCAGGCACAGCCAGGAACCAUUUUUUCUGGCCAUGGGCUUCCACAAGCCGCACAUUAAUUUCCGGUUCCCACGGCAAUUCCUUUCGAGAUUCAACCUUUCCCAGUUUUACAAUUACACGGAGGAUAGCCUGAAGCCGCCGGAUAUGCCGGCAGUGGCCUGGAAUCCUUACACAGAUGUGCGGGCCAGGGAUGACUUCAAGCACUCCAACAUAUCCUUUCCCUACGGACCGAUAUCCCCACUCCAGGCUGCUCAGAUACGACAGAGCUACUACGCCUCGGUGUCCUAUGUGGAUGAUCUGUUUGGCAAGUUGAUUGGGGGAUUGGAUCUGGAUGAGACGGUGGUGGUCGCUCUGGGGGAUCAUGGCUGGUCUCUGGGUGAGCACGCCGAGUGGGCCAAGUACAGCAACUUCGAGGUGGCGCUCAGGGUUCCACUGAUCAUAAGAAGUCCACAGUUCCCUGUCGCCCAAACGAAGUACUAUCACGGGAUCACAGAACUCCUUGAUGUUUUCCCCACUUUGGUGGAUCUGGCAGGAUUACCCAAAUUGGACAAAUGCCAGAGCUCUCAGGAGUUGACCUGUGGCGAGGGAAAAAGUCUUUACCAUCAGCUGAUGGGAUUGGGAAGGGCGGAUGAGCACGUGGCUCUCAGUCAGUACCCAAGACCAGGAAUGCUGCCCACAAAGCACCCGAACAGCGACAAGCCGAAGUUAAGGAAUAUAAAAAUCAUGGGCUAUAGUCUCAGAACCGAUAUAUAUAGGUAUACCAUGUGGGUGAGGUUCCAUGCGCAAAACUUUAGCAGAGAUUGGCACGAUGUGUAUGGCGAGGAGUUGUACGACCACCGCCUGGAUUCGGGCGAGGAAUUGAACCUGAUGCCCCUGCCGCAGUUCGAUGAUGUGCGUCAGCGCCUUCGCCGGCGAUUGAUGGAGAUGGUGGGCAGCUAGUGGAGAUCGGCUGUCCCUUCCCCUUCGAAUCCCUCUGAUUUUGAAUGAAUUCAUAAGCAAUAAAGGCAGCGCGACAAACG